AUGCAUUUCAGUGUGUUUGCUUUUGCCCUGAGUGGUAUUCUCGCCGCUCCUUCGGUGGUCGGCCUAGGAAGUGCGUGUUCUUCUGAGCUAGCUGGAGGAACGGCCGCUCCUGGAGCUCCAUAUUGGCUCGAGAAUAUCACGCACCAGGGGUACGCGCCAUAUGCUCCCAAUCCAAGCACAUAUGCGGUCUAUCGCAAUGUCAAAAACUAUGGUGCUGUGGGCGAUGGAGUUGCCGAUGACACUGCUGCAAUCAACGCCGCAAUUUCCUCUGGAGAACGGUGUGGAGAGGGCUGUCCAUCUUCAACGACGACGCCUGCUUUAGUCUACUUUCCCUCAGGCACCUACCUCGUCUCGACUCCCAUCCUUGCCUACUAUUACACUGCACUUAUUGGUGACGCACGCACACCACCAACGAUUCUUGCAAGCGCAAAUUUCUCGGGUCUGGCUGUCAUUGACGCGGACCCAUACGAUGCCAGUGGCGCAAACUGGUAUGUCAACCAGGACAACUUCUACCGAUCCGUUCGUAACGUGGUCAUCGACCUCACCCAAACACCUUACAACGCCACGUCUACUGGAAUACACUGGCAAGUAUCCCAGUCGACAUCACUCGUUAAUGUUGUGGUGAACAUGUCAACGGAGAAUGGUACCGCCCAUCGAGGUUUAUUCAUGGAGGAUGGAAGCGGUGGCUUCAUGGGAGACCUCAUAUUUAACGGUGGACAAUACGGUAUGUGGGUUGGAAAUCAGCAAUUCACGGUCCGUAACGUCACGGUCAACAAUGCAAAUACUGCCAUAUACACUGGAUGGAACUGGGACUGGACAUUCCAGCGUAUAGUGAUCAACAACUGUCAGGUCGGCUUCGAGGUUGUCACUGGCAGCGUCGGCGCUAUAGGAAUCAUCGAUGCUGUUGCGACCAAUACUCCUGUUUUCUUCCAAUCAACCGAGCCCAGCGAUGGUACAGAGGCGACGGGAUCGAUUGUGCUGAACAACAUACAUCUAGACAAUGUACCGGUAGCGGUCGGUGUAGUCAACGGGACAACCGUGCUUGAAGGCGGCACGACCACCAUCGAAUCCUGGGGUCAGGGGAACGCUUAUGCUGGGACAGACCCGAACGCGACAUUCGCGCAAGGCAACAUCUAUUCCGCAUACAAGGACCCCGGCUUGCUUGAUACCAAUGGAAUGAUAUUCUCAAAAGGGCACCCGCAGUACGCGGAUUAUGCAGUUGACCAGAUCAUGAGCGUGCGCUCGCAAGGUGCUGUGGGUGAUGGCGAGACGGACGAUACGGACGCGAUCAAUGCUGUCUUUGCGAAAUACGCAGGGUGCUACAUCAUAUUCUUUGAUGCCGGCGUCUACAAAGUAACCGACACGAUCUACAUUCCGGCAGGGAGCCGCGUCGUGGGCGAGGCAUGGUCCGUGAUCAUGGGCUCCGGGUCCGAAUUCGACGACGAGACCAACCCGCGCGUCGUCGUUCAGGUCGGCGCGGAAGGCUCCUUUGGCUACGCUGAGAUUUCGGAUAUCGUGUUCACGACGCAGGGACCGACACAUGGCGCGAUCGUCGUUGAAUGGAACGUGCACGACCCCGUGGGCGUGCAAGGUGCUGCCGGCAUGUGGGAUAGUCACAUCAGGUUAGGUGGCGCCAUGGGAACCAAUUUAGAGCUUGCCGAAUGUCCCGCAGGGUCUGAGUACAGUGAUUGUACGGCUUCGUUCCUUGCCUUGCACAUCACGGCAGGGGCAACGGCGUACCUAGAGGGUACCUGGGUGUGGCUGGCUGACCACGACUUGGACGGAGACGGCUCGACACAACUCACGAUCUUCAGCGGCAGGGGUAUACUCUCGAACUCUGCGGGGCCUGUUUGGAUGAUUGGUACCUGUGAACACCAUGUCAUGUACCAGUACAGCCUUGUCGGUGCCAGUAACCAUUACAUGGGGCUCAUCCAGACAGAGACGCCAUAUUACCAGCCGGACCCUGCGCCACCUGCGCCGUUUGAGCCAGAGACAUCAUACGGCGACCCAUCCUAUGAGAACGGGAUGAACAUGGCUUGGGCGGUUUGGCUAGAUACGGCCACAAACGUUAUCAUAUUCGGCGCCGGCCACUACAGCUUUUUCCAGAAUUAUACCCAGACGUGUCUGGCGAACGAGACGUGUCAGGCGCAAAUUGUGAACACCGAUCUGAGCCUGCCGACGAUCUACAGCCUCUCGACGGUCGGCGCGACGUACCAGCUGAGUGUGGAGGAGAAUGGGAUCAUCUAUUGGGGCGGUGACGCGGAUGGUUUCGCUUCCACGGUAACAGUGUGGAGUCCUUUACUUUGA